AUGCUUGAGAAAUAUGGAAGACUUUCUCUCACCUCAGUAGAGAAUUCCGGGCGAUACUUCUGCCUGCAUCAUACCCUGAACGGCUCCUGUGUCUCCAGGCAACAGUACUUCUGCAGGCAAGGUAUCACGGAAGGGGUGCGCUUCUGGACCAGAGUUGAGAUUAAAGGCGACAUCGUUCGGGAGAAGUUUUCAAGUCUUCAAGCGCUCUUCAUCACUGAGGCAGCUUCGGGGACGGACUUGAACACUCCAUACAUACUGGGAAGUGCAGAAGUAGCAACUGGAUCUCUGCUGACGCUUCAGUGUCUAGUGUCUUCGCCAGAGAGCGGAAACCUGAGUUUGCAAUGGAUAUACCCGGGACCAAAGGAUAAGGUAAGAAUUACCCAAAGGACCUUCAGCAGCGGUCUCCACUUGAACCAACUGACUGUUAGGGAAACGACAUCCAAGGACAAUGGAACCUAUUUCUGCAUAGCCACAGCCGAUAACAUUAUAAAGGCAGCUUGUCAUCAUGUCAUCGUUCGAGGUGGACAUGUGAGGGUGACGCCACGAGAGACGAGAGUGCGUGCUUACUUGGGAGAGAAGACCGUGAGCUGGAAGGUGAAAGUGGAUGCUGAACCCGAGCCGAAGAUAAUUUUGAAGCGCGAUGAAAUGGAAUUGCCUCAAGGCAUGAAAUUUGAAGUUGAGAAGAACUUGGCGAAAAAAUGUGUUAUUAUCCGCAUAAAUGACAUCACGCGUGAAGAUCUCGGGAACUACACUCUCGUUGCCCAGGUUGGCGGGAAGAAAGGGGAGGCCCAUUUCCAGUUGGGACUAAAAAGACCCUGAAGACCUUUUGAAGAAGAAUUUGCCACAUGGUGACGACAGACACAAGAACCCAACAGGAGUUCAUCACAAACCUGUUGUUCGUGGCAGCUGGAACAAUGGACACAUUUUUAUUGACACUACAACUUUGUGUUGAAUGUGAUCGGCAAU